AUGUCCUCCGACGACGCCUACGCCGCCUUCCUGGACAAGGCAAACGAAGACCCCUGCAAAGAUACCCCAGCAACAAAUCAGCAACAGGAAGGUUUUGUACAGACAAAAACUACAGAUGCGGCUGCGGCCGUCCCCACCGUCCUCCGCGACGUGGAGAUGUACUAUACCUCCGACACAGACGAGGUCUUCGAGCCUGUUGUGCUGGACUAUAGCGGGGCGGCGCAGGGUCGGUGGCCGAGUGCUGACGAAUUCAAAUCCCUCAUCCUCCCCAGCUCCUCCGCGGCAGAAACAGCAGACAUGCAAAUAACAAUCCUAACCCCUUCAUCCUUCGAUCCGAAAAACCAAUACGCUACGGUCCUGCAUGCGGUGAAGAUGGCGGCGGGCGGGGGCGGGAACGAGCAGGAUAUGGAAAGGGUGGAGGUGAAGGUGUAUCGGGUGCAGAUGGGUCGGACGAGAGUGGAGUAUUGGGUUGUUGGACUGGAUAGGAGUGGGAAUGGGGGAAGGAUUGUGGGGUUGAGGGCGAAGGCGGUUGAGAGUUAG